GCGCGCCGCACCAGCCGCUGCUGGUGGGGGCGCUGUACUGCUUCUCCCGCGGCGCCGUCCUCGUCAGCAUCCCCACGCGGCUGUUCAUCUUCCAGAUGGCGCCGGGCCAGAUGGAAGCCGUCACCCUGAUGCAGGCGCGCGCGGCGCGCGGGCCGGCCGAAAAUGUGUUUCUAGGCGCAUGCAAUGCCGCGCGCGGCGGCCUGCCCUCGGGACGCCUGGUUGCGACACGUCACAAUGCACCGGAUACCGCCACGUUGCACCGCGCCGCUUCACAUCACAUAGCUUGA